AUGCACAUCGUAUUACGUUUCAUUCUGAUUCUUAUUGUAUUGAGAAGUGUUAUUCACUGUCACGAUGCACAUGGUGGAAGUGGAAGAGGUGGUGGUGGUCAUAGUGGUUUCGGAGGUGGUAGCUAUGAUUCACAUAAUAGGCAUGGAUGUCGAGGGUAUCACUGCGGAGAAGGAUCAGGUAUCAUUGCAGUCAUCAUAGUAGGUGGCAUUUUCGCCCUGAUCGCAGUUAUCUUUGUUAUUGUAUUGUGUUAUUAUCGAUACAAACACAAAUCAUUUCAAUCGAACUCAGCAUUUGUCAAUCAAGCAUCGGCAAAGAGUCGAAUGUAUGAUAAAGAUCAGUUUGAGACAGGUGUCUGGUCUUGUCGAUACUAUCAGUAUAAUAAAUGGCAUGGACCUUAUCAUUUAUCACUUUCAUUUGAUCGUUUGACGUCAAAAGUGAGUGGUCAAGGAAUAGAUGACGGUGGUAUAUUUAACAUUGAUGGUGUAUUUUCUUCACAAACUCAUCGAAUGGAUCUAAUCAAGACAUACGAACAAGAUACGGGCAAUUCAAAUGAAAAUAUUGGACAUCCAGUUACUCUACAAUUAACUUGGAAUUUGGAUCAUAACCAAUUUGAAGGUAAAUGGUUUGUUCGAACAAGUAAUUAUCGUGGUGAAGGCAAAUUUGAGCUCAAAUUAGACGAGUUCUCAGAGUUACUUAUUGAUAGAUUGAAUGAUUGA